AUGUUACGAGGGCUAAGAUGGACAAGCGGAUGUUCAAAGGCACGGAAAUGGAAAUGGUGCGCUGACACACCUUUUGCACCGAGUCGCUACAAUGCCACCUUUGUGUGCACGCAACUCAAGAGGCGGUCACCACCAUAUUCAAUAAGAAAAGAAGAAGACGACGUGAGGCCGUGCACCGAUGGCGUUGUAACAUCGCACAAUUGCAGCGACCAGCAGAUCUGGCUAGUGCGGUAUUUUGUCGUCCGCAUCACGCUCCUUGACCAGGUCACGCAAACAACGCAGGUGGGACGUGAAUGA